UCUCAUAUUCGCUGCUCGACUCCCUGGUCCAUCGCGAUUCUAUGCCCUCUCUCUGUGUUUCCCCAUCUUCUUCGUAGCGUCACGCCGUCAUGUCGUCCAAAGCAGUACCGCUAGAGCUUACGGGACCCUCCCAGGUCCCUGACAUCCUAGCCGGGAUCAUCACCCCGCUGAUCCUCGCGAGUUUCGUCGUCAUUGGCCGCCUGUAUUCGAGACUGCUCCUCAAAAACCAGUGGUGGGAUGACGCCUUCAUCUUGCUCGCCUGGCUGUUCGCCGUCGCCGUCGUGACCGUCGUCGGCGUCGAGACCGAGUACGGCCUCGGGCACAGGUUCAGCAACAUCCCGCUCCGGCUCCGGCCCGUCGGCAUCCGCCUGUCCUACGCGACGAUCAGCACGUACCAGCUGUCGCUCGUGCUGACCAAGGUCAGCAUCCUGUUCUUCUACCUGCGCAUCCUGAAGCUGCCGUACCAGCGGGUCCUCGUCCUCGCCACCAUGGGCUGCGUCGUCGUCUACGGCACCGUCUUCUUCCUGCUCACCUUCUUCAUCUGCAACCCAGUCGAGGGCGGGUACGAGUUCGACAUCCGGGUGGGCCACUGCAUGGCCUACUACCCAAUCCUGACGGCGUCGGCGGCCCUGCACACGCUGACGGACCUGUGGCUGAUCGGCCUGGUGCUCCCCCACGUCCUCAAGAUGACGCUGCCGGUGCGCCAGAAGGUCGCGCUGGCGUUCGUCCUCACGCUGGGCAUCUUCGUCGCGUGCGCCUCGCUGACGCGCAUGGCCGUGGCCUGGGAGUUCCUCAACCCCAAGUACGCGCAGUGGGACUCCUUCUCCUUCGCCAUCUGGACCACGCUCGAGUCCAGCCUGGGCCUCAUCUGCGCCUCCGUCCCGAUGCUCAAGCCCCUCGUCCGGCAGCUGAGCGGCCGCAACCCGUCCUCGAAGCCCGAGGUGAUGAGGAACGUCCCCCGCUCCAAGGGCCCCGAGCGCAAGCCCAACCCGCUCGACCCGCUCAACUCGGAGGCGACGACGCUGUUCACCGGGGAGCACGGAGAUGGCGGGACAGUGGAGCUGGGCCGCGUGAAGUCGAGACAAGACUCAGGACCUCCAACAGCCGUCGCGGCUUCGGAGGAGCGAUUUACGCCUGUAUGAUAGCACCCUUCCUAACCCUAUAUAUACCUACCUAGGGACGGUAAUGCCGUGAAUGACGAUGUGACGCGAGCGA